CGGAAGGCCGGGCAAACUGCCCUCACUCAAGAGGGCGCCGCCUGCCUCGCCGCCGCUUCGGCCGUGUUUGGGUCACGUGGGUCUCUGGAACGCUGAGCGGAGAAGCGCGCGCACGCACGCAGGACCGGCAGCCCCUCUCUCACGCUCGCUCUGUCUGAGCGAUUGUGACGACGCCGGCGCGGAAGCUCGCCCGCCCGCCCCUUCCUCGUGUGGCUAGCGGCUGGGCCUCAGGAAGAGGAAGAGGAAGCAGUAGCAGAAGCAGCCGCCGCCACAGGCACGAUGGGGAGGCCGCGCCGGCUGCUGGUGCUGCCGCUGGUGCUGGUCCUGGGGGGCCCGGCGGCCCUUUGCGGCGCCUUCUACCUGCCCGGCUUGGCGCCAGUCAGCUUUUGCGAGGAAGGGAAGAAAGACGGAUGCAAGUCACAAAUUGAGCUGUUUGUGAACAGAUUGGACUCAGUUGAAUCAGUUCUGCCAUAUGAAUAUGAUGUUUUUGACUUUUGCCAAGAUGUAGCAGAAAAAAGGCCUUCAGAAAACCUUGGACAAGUCUUGUUUGGAGAGAGAAUAGCAUCAUCACCCUACAAGAUUACAUUUAAGGAAGAAAAAAAAUGCCAGAAGCUCUGUACAAGGUCUUAUGACCUAGAGAAAAAAGAAGACAAAAAAAAACUGGAAUUCUUGAAGAAGGGAAUGUGGUUGAAUUACCAGCAUCACUGGAUUAUUGAUAACAUGCCAGUGACUUGGUGUUAUGAUGUAGAAGUUGAACAAAAAUACUGUAAUCCAGGAUUUCCAAUUGGAUGCUUUGUUGCUUCAAAUGGCCGAGUUAAAGAUUUCUGCAUUAUCAAUUCUGAGUUCAACAAGAAAAAUACCUACUACCUCUUCAACCACGUUGAUAUUACAAUCACAUACCAUAGUGGAAAGAAUGAGAACUGGCUCGGGGCUCGCCUGGUGGCAGCUCGCGUGGAACCCAAAAGUUACAAGCAUACAGAUGUAAACAAUUUAUCUUGUGAAGUCUCACCUAUGGAAAUCCCUGCAGACUCUGCCAGCAAGCUGGAUCUGAUCUACACAUACUCUGUGAAGUUUGAAGAGGACAACAGCAUUAAGUGGGCUUCGAGAUGGGACUACAUCUUAGAAUCUAUGCCCCAUACCAACAUUCAGUGGUUUAGCAUCAUGAAUUCUCUUGUGAUUGUGCUCUUCUUAUCCGGAAUGGUGGCCAUGAUCCUGUUGAGAACCCUACAUAAAGAUAUUGCAAGAUACAACCAGAUUGACUCCUCGGAAGACGCGCAGGAGGAGUUUGGGUGGAAGCUGGUCCACGGAGACGUCUUUAGGCCUCCCAGGAAAGGCAUGCUGCUCUCUGUCUUCUUGGGGCAAGGGACACAGAUUUUCAUAAUGACAUUUAUUACCUUGUUCCUUGCCUGCCUCGGAUUCCUUUCGCCAGCCAACAGAGGGGCCUUGAUGACCUGUGCAGUUGUGCUGUGGGUCUUGCUGGGAACCCCAGCAGGCUACGUGUCUGCUCGGAUGUACAAAACAUUCAGAGGUGAAAAAUGGAAGACAAAUGUGUUGCUGACAGCUCUGUUGUGCCCAGGAAUUGUCUUUGCAGACUUCUUCGUAAUGAACCUUAUUCUUUGGGUGAAAGGAUCGUCAGCUUCAAUCCCCUUUGGCACAUUGGUUGCUAUCUUGGCCAUGUGGUUCGGAAUAUCUGUCCCGUUAACCUUUGUUGGUGCAUACUUUGGAUUCAAGGAGAAGCCUAUUGAGCACCCGGUGCGUACAAACCAGAUUCCUCGACAAAUACCAGAGCAAUCCUUUUUCACAAAGCCUCUACCAGGUAUCAUCAUGGGGGGCAUCCUGCCCUUUGGAUGCAUCUUUAUCCAGCUCUUUUUCAUUCUAAAUAGCAUUUGGUCUCACCAAAUGUACUACAUGUUUGGCUUCUUGUUCUUAGUCUUCAUAAUUCUUCUGAUUACGUGUUCAGAGGCGACAGUCUUGCUGUGCUAUUUCCAUCUAUGUGCCGAGGAUUAUCACUGGUGGUGGAGGUCAUUCUUAACCAGCAGCUUCACAGCCGUGUAUCUCUUCAUCUACGCUUUUCAUUAUUUCUUCUCAAAACUUCAGAUCACUGGAACUGCCAGCACCAUUUUAUACUUUGGGUACACAAUGAUCAUGGUCUUGAUUUUCUUUCUUUUCACUGGAACAAUUGGAUUCUUCGCCUGCUUCUGGUUCGUUAGUAAGAUUUACAGCGUCGUGAAAGUGGACUGAAGAUCCUCCACGUUGUUCUUGAACAUAUCCCUUGAAUCGCUGGAGAGAGUUAAAUAUAUUUUUAACCAUGUACCAAGGAUAAACAUUACAUCUUAAAAUAGUUAGAUGUGCAGUUUGGUAUCUUGGCACCAAAAAGCAGGCUUUAAACAGACUGGGGCUUAAAGAACAAUGGACAAUUCUGGUGAACUUUACUUGAAUUGCUUUUUACAAAUGCAAAAUCCAAAGUUGUUUUAUUAUUAUUAUUUGAAGCUGAAAGAAUGAACCCAGUUUAACAACAUGUGCAUUAUACUUUUCUUCUUGUGACUUUGCUACUUCUCUUUUGCAACAAUUACUUACUUGAUUAUGCUGUUCACAGUAUAGGACUAUCCAGUAAAAUCUUAUGUAAAAAUGCAACUUUUUUUAACUUAAAGAAGAAGAAGAAAGGACAACUGUACUUAAUAUUCUGCAUCUCCUUUACAGGUAGCUGGUCACCUUAUAUAAAUGUGCAGGCAUUUAGCAUGAAGUGCAGAUCUCUUGGGGGAGAGGGGUGGAAGACCACCAGUGUCUUUGUUUUAAAUAAAACUGCAGUUCCAGCAGGCUGGUGUGUGGCUGUCUCAUCAGUUGCCUUGAGUUUGUCUGCUUGCAGAAGUCCCAAAGACAUUCAUUUAGAGCAGGGGUGGGGUGGGUGUUGCUGAACUACAACUCCCAUCAGUCCCACCAAGCAUGGCCUAGAACGAUGGGAGUUGUAGUUCAGUGGCAUCUGGAGGGCCGCAGGUUCCCCUCACUUGGCCUACACUGACUAGUAAUGACUCUCCAGAGUUUCAGAAAGUGCUCCCAACUGUAUCUGGAGAUGCUGGGGAUUGAACCUGGGACCUUUUGCAUGCAAAGCAUGUGCCCUACCACUGAGCUGUGUUGCUUUUGGAAGAGGUACAACCCCUCCACUCUCCUCCCCCGACAGAGCUAGAACUGCUAUCCACUUCUCUGCAAGCCAAGGUUCUGAUUGGGCUGCCCAACUGGCUAGUGCAUGAUACAGUUGCAGUCAAAUCCUUCUCCGGCACUCAGUGCUUCUAACCAUAUAUCAACCUUGCAUACUUCCACCAUGUCACAAUCUGCCUGCAAGUCAACUUUGUUGGGGACAACACCAGAAAAGGUUGCUCCUUUGGGAAUCACACUUGUGAGUGGCAGUGUCACCUGUUUUUAUUUUUUAGGAGGGGGAUAGGGGAGAAUAGAUCUGAUCUCCCCUUGUGGGAGUUGGUGAGCUGAGUGUUUUUUGGGCAGUCCCAAUGAAUUCAGGAGGAAUAGCAGCCUUGAGUGAGUGUUCUUGCUGCUGUUUUUACGUUACAGGCGAGAACCCACAAUUUGUGUUUGUUUAUGUAUGUGCCGGCCAUUUAAAGCUCUUUCCCUUGUAUAUAUUUAAUAUAGUCUUAGGCACCCUCCAGAUCAGGAUAGGGAAGCUGUGGCCCUUAAGAUGAUAAAUAGAUGAUGAUGUUGGAAACGAACAUUGGAGUCAAUGGGCAUUUUGGUCUAAUCCAGCUGGGUAGAGUGUAAACUAUAAAGUGUAAAGUAUCAGAUGCUGCAUGCCAACUAUAGUGCCUUGCAAAAGUAUUCAGACCCCUGACCA